AUGGCUGCUAGCAUAGCUUGCUUAUACCUUCAACUCUUAUACCAACAGGCAGACAAUCUCUCGAGGGAAAUAGUUCCUUCGAUUUUCGGGCAAAAGAAGUAUAAUAAAAAACUGCAGAUUGGGGUAAGAAGUGAGGAUCUUAGGGACUCACCGGAGAAAUCAAUUAAGGGAAGCGGUAUUGCUCUUUCAUCUCCAAGGCUUGUGAUGCCGGCUGCAAUUCAUGGAUUGCGGGUCCUGUCUCAUCAAUAUUUUGCCAAUGAUCCUUUUGAUUUCCAGCUUGUGCCUGCUAUGUCUGGGGUGUUUGUAUACAAAGCUGCUGCUCUUGUGCAAGCAUACAGAGACAACGAUGACCUGAAGCUUGUCUUCCCAGAUAGCGGGGAAGUACCAAGUGACUCAGUUCUCCAUUCAACUUGUCUGUCUUCCGGUUGCCACAUGAGCCCUUACAAACGACGGCAGCAGAUGGGGAAAAGAACCAAGAGCUUGAUGCCAGCUAGCGUGGUUCACAAUCGGGCGGCACCUGAAGAAGACAAAAGUUUAGCUCUUCGAGCCUAG